GUGGGGGGGGUGGGGGGCUGGCUCCGCGGUGUGCGACUGUGUGGGGCAGCCUGGGGCAGCCCCGGAGCGGCUGACCCUCUGCCUGUGGGGACGGGAGUCGCGAGGCGGCCGGCAUGGCGGGGUCGGAGAGCCAGCUCAAGAAAAUGGUGUCCAAGUACAAAUACAGAGACCUAACUGUACGUGAAACUGUCAGUGUUAUUACUUUAUACAAAGAUCUCAAACCUGUAUUGGAUUCAUAUGUUUUUAAUGAUGGCAGUUCCAGGGAACUAAUGAACCUCACUGGAACGAUUCCUGUGCCUUAUAGAGGUACUACAUAUAAUAUUCCAAUAUGCCUGUGGCUGCUGGACACAUACCCAUAUAAUCCCCCUAUCUGUUUUGUUAAGCCUACUAGUUCAAUGACUAUUAAAACAGGAAAGCAUGUGGAUGCUAACGGGAAGAUAUAUCUUCCUUAUCUACAUGAAUGGAAACACCCACAGUCAGACUUGUUGGGGCUUAUUCAAGUUAUGAUUGUGGUGUUUGGAGAAGAACCUCCAGUCUUUUCUCGUGCUACUAUUUCAGCAUCCUAUCCACCAUACCAGGCAACAGGGCCACCAAACACUUCCUACAUGCCAGGCAUGCCAAGUGGAAUUUCUGCAUACCCAUCCGGAUACCCUCCCAAUCCCAGUGGUUACCCAGGCUGUCCUUACCCACCUGGCAGUCAGUAUCCUGCCACCACAAGUUCCCAGUACCCUUCCCAGCCUCCUGUGACCACUGUUGGUCCCAGUAGGGAUGGCACAAUCAGCGAGGACACUAUCCGAGCCUCUCUCAUCUCAGCAGUCAGUGACAAACUGAGAUGGCGGAUGAAGGAGGAAAUGGAUCGUGCCCAGGCAGAGCUCAAUGCCUUGAAACGAACAGAGGAAGACCUGAAAAAAGGUCACCAGAAACUGGAAGAGAUGGUUACCCGUUUAGAUCAAGAAGUAGCUGAGGUUGAUAAAAACAUAGAACUUUUGAGAAAGAAGGAUGAAGAACUCAGUUCUGCUCUGGAGAAAAUGGAAAAUCAAUCUGAAAACAAUGAUAUUGAUGAAGUUAUCAUUCCCACAGCCCCACUAUACAAACAGAUCCUAAAUCUGUAUGCAGAGGAAAAUGCUAUUGAAGACACUAUCUUUUACCUGGGAGAAGCCUUGAGGCGGGGAGUAAUAGACCUGGACGUCUUCCUGAAGGUAUGUCUUCCUCGCUCUGCUUUCCAGGGUUUCGGAACAUGUUUUAGAGACACUGACCUUGAAAACCACAGAUCAAGAGGGUUUCUCUGUAGGAGGAUCACAGUACAAGUUUCCCUGCCAUCUUGGUUGUCUCAAGUGCAGCUUGAACUCCUGAGCCAGAUCCUGGAAUGUGGUGCUUUCCCUGUGAAGAAGGCCUUUGUAUAGGGUCUCAGAAGACUACUUUCCUUAACACAACCUGCCAGCAUCAAUCCACAUGUACGUCUUCUGUCCCGUAAACAGUUCCAGCUGAGGGCACUAAUGCAGAAAGCAAGAAAGACUGCCGGUCUCAGUGACCUCUACUGACUCCUCUGAUACCAGCUGGAGAUUGAGCUCUUCUAAAGCAUUCUUUUCUUCUCUUCCUUUCUCUUAUAUCAGUAGGUGCCCAGAAUAAGUUAUUGCAGUUUAUCAUUCAAGUGUAAAAUAUUUUGAAUCAAUAAUAUAUUUUCUGUUUUCUUUUGGUAAAGACUGGCUUUUAUUAAUGCACUUUCUAUCCUCUGUAAACUCUUUUUGUGCUGAAUGUUGGGACUGACUAUGCUAAAUAAAAUUUGUUGCAUAA